GCUACGGUUCUUGGACAUUCAGAAAUUCAUUAGGUUGCGCGCCAUCGUUCCAGGCGGUCGCACAUUCCUCGUGCCAUAGCCGUAACCACAACCUGCCAGCCUUUUAAAACCAAACUCAAAUACGAACCGAAACUGCCUUCACACAAGUACCUAAACCAAAAACCCAAAUAGCUGCCAAAAAAAAAACCCACAAAUACCAGAGAUCCCGUAACGUAACCCCCUGUGUUCCCGGAAUAAAGACGAUGGGAUCGCCGGGAUCCCAAGCGUCCGCUAUCGCGACCUCGGUCGGAUUCGGAAUUGGGCGGAGAGGUACGGCGUCGCUGCUCCUGCGCCUCCUCGCCGUGACCUUCGUCCUCAACGCCUGCCACGUACCGCUGACAAAUGCCAAGCCAAAUGAAAACGACUUCGUGUUGACAGACCGCAUCAAGUUCCCGGAAGAUUUUGAAGUUUUGAACUAUGACUCUGUCUUUGACUCUGACUCUGACUCUGACUCUGAAGGAACAGAAUCAUUGAAAAAAAAUGAUGAGGUCCAGCUCACCGGGAACUGGUUAACCGACAGUGUCCAUCGCGUUCGCCGCUCCAUCAAACGUUUGUUUGGCGCCGAUGACGAUGAGAAUCAGAAGCAGCAACAAGAGCUGGUGCGGCGGAAGCGCAUAGAAAGGCAAAAGGAUCUUCGCCAAAGGGCCAAGGAGGAGCAGGCCCGCAAGCGGGAACAUGAAAAGCAGAUUCAAGAUAGGCAGCGAGUGGCCAAGCGGGCCAAUGGCGUCACCGAUCCUCGCAAGCGGGCAUCCGAUAACUACGACGAAAACGAGGCAUCCGGCGACCACGAGGAGGAAACCGCUCUCUAUCGAGCCAUAUUCGUCGUCAAUGAGCCAUAUUCAUACGACUUUCGGUAUCGGGAUAGCGAUCAGUACCUAACCCUGCAAAAAUCUCUGGAAGAUGAUCUGAUCAGUUUCUUCCGAAACGCUUACAAUAGUCAUGAUGAUGAGGAGCAGGAAAUUCAUAUCACUCUGGAUCAAGUUGAGCCCACUGAAGACAGCUUUAAGGUGCGAGUGACGCUCAAGAUAGAGAUUCCCAGUGCCAUCACCGACUUUGGUAAUAAGUUGCGUCAGCAACUGAAUAACUACAGCCGUAUCGAACGAGUGGGUGCCACUGCCGACAACAACUUUGUGUUCGUAGAAUUGACUGGCCAAGAAGAAACCACUGAUGCCCGUACGGCUUACGGGCUGGGAAAAUUGCAGCCCGAGUUCCCCGUAAUACGUAUCAAUUCCAAAACUGAUAUACGAGCUAAUCGCAAAGAUGAUGAAGAACCGAUCGAAGUUCCAUUCCCAUCGAAGCCAGAGGUGGAGGGUUCCGGCGGCGAUAGCGAGGUCUAUGACUUCAACUGUCGUGGAGAUGCCACCUACACCUGUCGCUACAGCGGGAAAAUCAUUUGCGAUGAAAUGAAAUGCGACGGAGAGAGCCAAUGUCCCAAUGGCGAGGACGAGGAAUCCUGCCCCCAUGCACCGGUUUGCACUGAAGAUCAGUUCAAGUGCGACGAUAAAUGUCUGUCACUAGACAGGCGCUGUGAUGAACGGGUCGAUUGCCAGGAUCAGACGGACGAGGCUGGCUGUGAUCCGCAGCCGGAGCAAAUACCAGACUCUGAUCGAAAGCCAGAAUUCGAACCCGAACCGGAACCUGAACCUGAACCGGAGCCUGAGCCUGAGCCCGAACCAGAACCUGAACCUGAACCCGAACCCGAACCAGAACAAUUUGAGGAAUGCCAUGCCAACGAGUUCAGAUGCAACAAUGGACAGUGCAUCGAUGCCAGAAGGCGUUGCGAUAACAAUGUGGAUUGUAGCGACGGCGAGGACGAGAGCGAGGAUUGCCCCGCCGCCUGCAGCGGAAUGGAGUAUCAAUGUCGCGACGGCGCACGCUGCAUCAGUGUGAGUCAGCAGUGCGACGGCAACUACGAUUGCGGCGACGGCGACGAUGAAGAGCAUUGCGACGGAAGUGGCUACGAUAAUGAAGAAUGUGGGAUCGAUAUGUUCCGCUGCGGAAACAGUGAGUGCAUACCGAUGCGUCAGGUGUGCGAUAACAUUUACGAUUGCAACGAUUAUACCGAUGAGGCCGACUGCGGUGAUGGCGAAGCCGAAGAGGAGGAUAGUGUGGGCAUUCCCAUUGGUCACCAUCCGCAGAGACCGACGUCCAAGUUUGACGACAGGCUGCACGAGAAGGACAUGUACGAGUACCAGGUUUAUCACGCCAAUGUCUAUGAGAAGGCCAAUUCCCAGAAUCCCUGUGCCGACAAUCAAUUCCGUUGCACCACCACAAAUGUUUGCAUACCGCUGCAUUUGCGAUGCGAUGGUUUCUAUCACUGCAAUGAUAUGAGCGAUGAGAAGUCCUGCGAGCAGUAUCAACGGCCCACCACCACCCGACGCCCCCUAACCUGGGCCACGCCCCCUCUCACCACCCAGGGUCCAGGAUUGCAACAGCGUUACAACACCACUAGAACCACCGCCAGCAGCACCACCAGAACCACCGAGGGACCCAAAUGGCAAUGGCCAACGAAUCCGACAACCAUCGAGACCACGACCACUAACCCAAUAACAACAGUUGGCGUACCGAGCAACUCAUCCCAGUCAUGCCUCGAAAACAUCGAAUUCGCGUGCCACAAUCGCGAUUGCAUUCCGAUUGAGAGCGUCUGCGAUGGCACCCCCGACUGCGGACGCGAGGAAGACGAGGACUACGCUCUUUGCAACUGCAGCGGCGACAAGUACAAAUGUCAACGCGGCGGCGGCUGCAUUCCAAAAUCCCAGGUGUGCGAUGGCAAACCUCAAUGCCGCGACCGCAGCGACGAGAGCGCCUGCCAUCUCCAUGGAAGAUUGAAUAAAACUCGUUUGGGGGUCGAGUGCCUGGGAAGCCAGUAUCAAUGUACAGAUGGAAGCUGCAUCUCCGGCUACAAACGCUGCAACGGCAUCCCCGAUUGCACCGAUGGCGCUGACGAAGUUAACUGCAUCUUCAACUACGUCGAUCCCAGCUACGACACGGACAACAAUCCACUGAAUGAAUGUGAUAUCCUUGAGUUUGAAUGUGACUACAGUCAGUGUUUGCCGCUCGAGAAGAAAUGCGAUGGCUAUGUAGACUGUGAGGACGAGACCGACGAGUCCGAAUGUCCGUCGUACACAGACCGUUGUCUAGAGUCAGAGUUCGAGUGCGACAACUACUGCCUGCCCCGCGAUCAGUUCUGCAACGGCAUUGCCAAUUGCCAAGAUGGCAGCGACGAGCAGAACUGUACUUUCUGCCGGGAAGACGCCUACCUUUGCAACACCGGCGAGUGUGUGGCAGAUAAUCAGAGAUGCAACGGCAUCGCCGAUUGCGCCGACGGCAGCGACGAGCGUCACUGCGGGACCAACCACCACUAUCCCACACAUAAUGUGAAUGUAAAUGUCCAAAAACCGAGUCCUUCAAAUCCCAAACCAACACUCUGUCGCCCCAAUGAGUGGCGGUGUGAGACUCUUGAGUGCAUCGAUAAGAAUUUGGUGUGUAAUUCAUUUAAGGAUUGCUCGGAUGGAUCCGAUGAGGACCUCAGCGUUUGCUUCGGCACUGCCACCACCCGACUAAAACCCAGUGACUGCGCUCCGGAUCAGUUCUACUGCGAUGAGUCGUGCUUUCGCUCGGUUCGAUGCAAUGGGCACGUGGAUUGCUCCGAUGGCAGUGACGAGGUGGGAUGCCCCGCAAAGUCACUGCCAUGUCCACAACACCAGUGUCCCAGUGGCAGGUGUUAUUCGGAGACUGAGCGAUGCGAUCGCCACAGGCACUGCGAGGAUGGCUCCGAUGAGGCGAACUGCUGUGCCCCCAAUCAAUUCCGUUGCAACAAUGGUGACUGCGUCACCGGAUCGGCCGCCUGCGAUGGCUAUCCCCAAUGUAGCGACAAUUCCGAUGAACUCAACUGCGGAGGAGCCGACGAGUGUCUGCCCAGCCAGUUCAGAUGCAAUAGUGGCCAGUGUGUGAGCGCCGCAGUGCGUUGCAAUGGACGAACCGAUUGCCAGGAUAGCUCCGAUGAACAGAAUUGUCGUCAUCAUCAAGUUGAGGUCGGCCAAGGAACCACAGGAAGUAGCACCACCAGCACCUCCACCACCACCACUGCCACGACUCCACUGAGAGUCGUCUGCCCGGCAACCUCAUUCAAAUGCGACAAUGGGCAAUGUAUUUCACUGGGCCUGCGAUGCAAUGGACGAAUCGAUUGUCCAUAUGAUGAUAGCGAUGAGGCGGAUUGCGGUCAUAUCAGCAAUGAGAUUGAUCCUCACGACACCAACACUGGACGCGGAUCUCCCCAAUUGAACCUCAAGACCUAUCCCGACAGCCAGACCAUCAAGGAGAGUCGCGAGGUCAUCUUCCGUUGCCGUGAUGAAGGUCCCGCCCGUGCCAAGGUCAAGUGGUCCCGCCCCGGCGGACGACUUCUGCCCCCCGGAUUCACCGAUGUCAAUGGCCGCCUGGAGAUCCCCAACAUUCGGAUUGAGGAUGCUGGCACAUAUGUCUGCGAGGCUGUGGGCUUUGCCAACUAUAUUCCCGGCCAGCAGGUCACCGUGAGCCUCAAUGUCGAGCGCUUUAACGACUUGGCAUCCCGUCCGAGCGCAGCCUGUUUGGAAUACCAGUCGACGUGCAUGAAUGGUGAGUGUAUUGACAAGACGAACAUCUGCAAUGGAGUUCCAGACUGCUCCGAUGGCUCCGAUGAGCAAAGCUGCAGUUUGGGCCGCAAGUGCCAGCCCAACCAGUUCAUGUGCAACAAUUCCAAGUGCGUGGAUCGCACCUGGCGCUGUGAUGGACAGAACGACUGCGAGGAUAAUUCCGAUGAGAUGUCCUGCGAUCCGGAACCAAGUGCCUCUCCCUGCCGUUCUAGUGAAUUCCAGUGCCGCAGUGGACAUUGCAUUCCCAAGAGCUUCCAGUGCGACGAGUUGCCCGAUUGUACGGACGGUUCCGAUGAAGUUGGCUGCAGAGUACCCGUGCCGAUCCGCCGGCCACCCCCAUCGGUGGCCCUGCUGGAGUAUGAGACGCUCGAUCUGACCUGCGUGGCCGACGGAACCCCGACCCCGACGAUCGUGUGGCGUUUGAACUGGGGCCAUGUGCCCGACAAGUGCGUUAAGAAGAGCUACGGUGGAACCGGAACUCUCCUCUGUCCGAAUAUGACGAUACAAGACAGUGGAGCUUACUCGUGCGAGAUAAUUAAUUCGCGCGGCACCGUCUUCGUAACCCCGGACACCAUUGUCACCGUGUCACAACGGCGUACGGACGUGUGCGAGGCUGGUUUCUUCAAUAUGCUGGCUCGCAAAUCGGACGAUUGCGUCAAGUGCUUCUGCUUUGGAGUGUCAACUUCCUGCAGAAGUGCCAAUUUGUUUACCUACGCCAUCCAGCCGCCGAUCCUUUCGCACCGCGUUGUUAGUGUGGAACUGAGUCCCUAUCGCCAGAUUGUGAUCAAUGAGGCAGCUCCAGGUCAGGAUCUGAUCACCCUUCACCAUGGCAUUCAAUUCAGGGCCUCGAAUGUUCACUACAGUGGUCGGGAGACGCCGUACUUGGCUUUACCCGCGGAUUAUAUGGGCAACCAGCUGAAGUCGUACGGUGGAAAUCUGACCUACGAGGUUAGCUACAUGGGCAAUGGAAGACCCGUCAACGGCCCAGACGUGAUUAUCACCGGCAACCGUUUCACUUUGACCCAUAGUGUGCGCACUCAGCCUGGUCAGAACAACAGGGUGAGAAUUCCCAUAGUGCCGGGUAAAUGGAUGAAGCCCGAUGGCCGCAGGGCCUCGCGUGAGGAGAUCAUGAUGAUACUGGCCAAUGUGGAUAACAUUCUGAUCCGACUGGGCUACCUGGAUACCACCGCUCGUCAAGUGGAACUCAUAAAUAUUGCCUUGGAUUCGGCUGGCACUUUGGACCAAGGAUUGGGUAGUGCCUCCCUUGUGGAGAAGUGCACGUGUCCACCUGGCUAUGUGGGUGAUUCGUGUGAGUCCUGUGCCCCUGGGCAUGUCAGACAGCCGGGAGGACCUUGGCUGGGUCACUGCGAGCCCUUCAUCCCGGCACCGUGUCCGGCCGGAACCUACGGAGAUCCUCGACGUGGUGUGCCCUGCAAGGAGUGUCCUUGCCCCCUAACCGGCCGAAAUAGCUUUGCCAGUGGCUGCCAGCAGAAUCCCGAUGGCGAUGUGGUUUGCCAAUGUAACGAGGGCUAUACGGGCAGGAGGUGCGAAUACUGUGCAUCCGGCUACCAGGGUAAUCCGAUGCUCCCGGGCGGAGUUUGUCGCCCGAUACCCGAUAAUACGUGCAACGUGGAUGGCACCUACAAAAUCCAUAGCAAUGGAACGUGCCAGUGCAAGGAUAAGGUUAUUGGCGAACAGUGUGACUACUGUGUACCGACCAGUUUCCACCUCAAUUCGUACACCUACAGCGGUUGCAUCGAGUGCUUCUGCAGCGGAGUGGCACAGGAUUGCGAGAGUAGUACGUUGUAUCGCGACCAGGUCACCAGCACCUUUGGACGUUCGCGCAUCAAUCAGGGCUUUGCUCUGAUUGCAGACUACAGCCGACCCACCCCAGAGUCCAUACCCGUGUCCGUAUCACCCAAUGCGUUGAGCUUCGUAGGGUCGGCGGAUCAUGCUGGUGAUACACUCUACUGGAGUCUGCCAGCAAAGUUCCUGGGCAACAAGCUGACUUCGUACGGAGGCAAGUUGAGCUACACUCUGAGCUACAGUCCCCUGCCCAGUGGCAUAAUGUCCCGCAACAGUGCCCCAGAUGUGGUGCUAAAGAGUGGCGAGGAUCUGGUGUUCCUCCACUACAGGAAAUCGCAGGUUAGCCCCAGUGUGGACAACACCUAUGCCGUGGAGAUCAAGGAGAGUUCCUGGCAGCGCAUUGACGAGGUGUCUGCCAACCGUGAGCACGUCCUGAUGGCCCUCAGCAACAUUACGGCCAUCUACAUCAAGGCCACGUACACCACUAGCACCAAGGAGGCCUCGCUGCGUCAGGUGACUUUGGAUACUGCCACGGCCAAUAAUAUUGGCACUUCACGUGCCGUCGAGGUCGAACAAUGUCGCUGUCCCGUGGGCUACUUGGGUACUUCCUGCGAGAAGUGUGCUCCUGGUUACGGCCGCGAUCCGGAGGGCGGAAACUAUCUGGGACUUUGCCAGCCUUGCGAGUGCAAUGGACAUUCGAAAUAUUGCAACGCCGACACCGGCGAGUGCGAAAGCUGCGCUCACAACACCGAAGGACCCAACUGUGAAGUAUGCGCCCCCGGCUAUGUGGGAGAUGCCACCACUGGAACUCCGUACGACUGCCAACCCGAUGACAGCAAUCCCAUACCGAAUCCGCCAUACAGACCGGACAAUCAAACAGUGGACUGCAACUAUUGCGACCCUGAGGGCACGUACACUUGCCCCGGUUACUGCCAGUGCAAGACGAAUGUGGUUGGAGACCGAUGCGAUCAGUGCCGCCCCGGAACAUACGGGCUUUCCGACAAGAAUCCGGAGGGCUGCAAGGAGUGCUACUGCUCCGGAGUGUCCAACCAGUGCCGUUCGGCGGCUCUGUACCGCCAGCUGAUUCCCGUGGACUUCAUUUCCAGCCCACCCUUGAUUACAGAUGAUGAGGGCAAUAUUGUGGACACGGACAACCUGCAGAUCGACAUAUCCACCAACAUGUACACUUACACGCACACCGUCUUCCUGCCCAAAUACUGGAGUCUGAGGGGAAGCGUGCUGGGCAACCAGCUUAUGUCCUACGGCGGUCUACUGCAGUACAACCUGGUGGUGGAAUCGUAUGGCAAAUACACACAGGACAAGGAUGUGGUGCUGAUUGGCAAUGGAGUCAAGCUGGUCUGGUACAGUAACAACGAACGAGUGGAUCAGGAGGAGUACAGUGUGCGACUGCACGAGGACGAGCAAUGGCAGCGCCUAGAUCGUGGGUCGUCACGACAGGCAACCCGGUCCGAUUUCAUGACCGUGCUAACGGAUCUACAGCACAUACUGGUGCGAGCCACGCCCAGUGUGCCCACGCAGAGGACCUCGAUCGGCAAUGUGAUUCUGGAGAGUGCGGUGACCACAAGGACGCCGGGAGCCACGCAUGCCAUCGAUCUCGAGGAGUGUCAAUGCCCAACCGGAUAUUCGGGCACUUCCUGUGAGAGUUGCUCACCACUCUUCUAUCGCAGUUCCGCCGGAUCCUGCAGCCUGUGUCCUUGCGAGGCCGCCAACACCGAGUCCUGCAACUUGGACAGCAGCGGUUACGUCGAGUGCCGGUGCAAGCCACGCUGGAAGGGCGAUCGCUGUCGCGAAAUUGACACAUCGCCCAUUAUCGAAGAACCGCCCCAGAUAUGUGAUUUAAGCAGGGGAUUCUGUUGCAGCGGCUUUCAGUUCGAAAUCGCACCGAACGAGACAAUUACGAUAAAUGACACCCUGCAGAUAUCUAAGGGCAACAGAAUCAUAGGAAAUAUGACAAUGCUGCGCUACGGCUGUCCAUCGCGAGAAACUAACGAACCAACGCAAGCACCGGAUACCAAUGUCCCUGAUCCCGUGAUCAAUGUGGCGAUUGAAAAGCCGGAGAUCACUAUUGUGCCCGUGGGCGGAUCGCUGACCCUUACCUGCAGCGGUUGGAUUAGCUUUACAAAUGCCCCAGUCAUUGUGAACUGGUACAAGGAGGACAGUAACAUGCCCAAGCAAUAUGAUAUCCAAGGCGGUAGUCUGAAUCUGUACAACCUGGAUAUCAGCGAUUCUGGAGUGUACAUCUGCCAGGCCGUUAGCACCGCAGACAAUCGCAUCUUCAAGGACUCUGUCUCCAUUACCAUAACUCAGGAGAUCCAGCGUUCGCCAGCUAGGAUUGUAGACUUGGUUAGCCGCGUUACCUUCGAGGAAUACCAGCCCAAUGAGAUCAUUUGCAAGGUGACAGGGAACCCGCUGCCCACAGUCAAAUGGACUCGAGUGGAUGGCCAGGCGGAUCCCCAGACUACACGGAUCUACAACAACCGCAUGAUCUUCGAUUCGCCAAGGAAAUCGGACGAGGGUCGCUAUCGCUGCCAGGCGUAUAAUGAAUUGAAUAGCGAGGAGAAGUACGUCACCGUCUAUGUCCAGAGCAACGCUCCGCAGCCGCAGCCGCCGCAGGAUCGCUUGUAUAUCCAGCCGGAGGGCGUUAAUAUCUACGAGGGCGAUUCUUUCCGACUAUCCUGCCAGUUCACCAGUGCUGCCUCUCUGCUCUACGUGUGGUCCCACAACCGUGUUACCCUAUCGUCUUCGGCCAAUGUCCUGAUCGAUGGCAAUGUCCUGGAAGUCCGCGAUGCCAGUGUCCGCGAGUCGGGCACUUACACCUGUGCGGCCUCUGAUUAUCGCACCCGCCGCAACUUCACCGAGCAGGCUCGUGUAAACAUCGAACCGCGCGAGGGACCACAGAUCCUUGAUGGCGCCAGGCCACAAAUCGUGCCCUUGCCGGAGGUUAUCAACAUCAACCAGGGCCAGGACUAUAGCAUCACCUGCGAGGCCCGUGGAUCGCCCUAUCCUUCGAUCAAAUGGGUUAAGGUGUUGCAGCAGAUGCAAACCAAUGUCCACGUCAGCGGCAAUGUGCUGACCAUCUAUGGAGCCCGACCCGAGAAUCGAGGUGCCUACUCCUGCAUCGCCGAAAACGCCAAUGGAUCCGACCAGUCCAGCACAAUGAUCGACAUUGAACCCCGGGUGCGGCCGAGCUUAAAUAUUGAGCCUUCGACCCCGCAAACAGUUCCCGUUGGCAACGAGGCUUCCCUCUACUGCGCCGUUCAGGGAAUCCCCGAGCCGAGCGUCCAGUGGGUCCGAGUCGAUGGCCAACCGCUAACGCCGCGUCACACGUUCCACCAGCUCUCCCGCCAUUUGGUGAUCGAGGACAUUCAGGUCGCUGAUGCCGGUGACUACGAGUGUCGGGCGACGAACAUUGUGGGCGAGGUCAGCGGGGUGGCCUCCAUAGUCGUCCACGAGCAGACUAUGGUGCAGAUAAGCCCCAGCCAGAACACCUUGACUCUCACCGAGGGCGACGAGCUGUCGCUGAGCUGCGUGGGCAGCGGAGUGCCCACUCCGUCCGUGUACUGGACACAUGGCAACACGCAGAAUAGCGGCGCCAAAACCUUCUCAGAACAUUCACCCUCGAACACGGCCAACCUCGAUAUCUACUCUGUCACACAGGAGGAUGCCGGCCUCUACACCUGCAAAGGAUCCAAUGCGGCGGGCAACGAUGAAGCCUACAUUAAUGUGGAAAUUAAGCCCAAACGGGGCGACAUCGGAGGAGACACAUCCGACGUGGAUAGCAAUCCCCGAGUGCCCAACAAUCGGCCGGAAGUGCCCUACUCCCCCUCACCGGGCAACUAUGCACAACUGGCAACCGAUCUUGGCAGCGAUGUGACCCUGAGGUGCGACAUCCUCGCCUACUUGGAACCGGAAUGGGAACGCGUGGAUGGCACACCACUGCCACCGAAUGCCUACACCGAUCAGAAUAGCCUGGUGAUUACGAAUGUGCAGCAGAGGAAUCUGGGCCAGUACCGCUGCAAGGGAACCGACCGCGACGGCAGUGUGAAGGCCUCUGUGGUGAGGGAACUGGUCCUGCUGCCCCUGCCCAGGAUCACCUUCCAUCCCAAAAUACCGCUGACCAUGGAGGUGGGACAGAACUUGGACGUGUACUGCCUGGUGGACAAUGUGCGUCCGGAGGAUGUGCAUUGGAGCACCGACAACAAUCGACCACUGCCCAGUAACGUUCGCUUCGAUUCCAAUGUGCUGCGGUUCGAGUCCAUCACUGAGGCGGCUGCCGGGGAAUACCGCUGCACCGCCUCCAACCGAUAUGGCAGCAGAUCGGAGAUCGCGAAGGUGAUGGUGAAGAGACCCGUGGGCUACCAAGCUGCCCCGCAGCCCCAGGUGGAGCAGCGUCGCGAGGGCGAUGGCACCCAGCUCAGGUGCAGUGUGGGCAACCAGUACGGUGUGGAGACUCGCGGCAAUUUCCGGUUCAAUUGGUACCGUGCGAAUGGCAGCAGUCUGCCGUACAACGCCCGUGCGGAUAGCCAGGUGCUGACGCUGACCAACUUGCGACCCGAGGACGAGGGCCGCUACAUCUGCACCACGUACGAUGCCAGGGGGCAGCAACUGACCUCCAUCGCCAUCGACUUGCAAGUCCUAAGAACUUACAAUCCGUUCAAGGGCGGCGUUACCCUGAAAGACACGCCCUGCAUGGUUCUGUAUAUUUGUGCAGACUUCAAAAGCAGCAAAAUCUCGCCCACGAAGCCUCUUAAUUCCGGACCCACCACGAUCCGGACACCAACUAUUUCGUACACCUGCCAGCCCAGCGACUUCAAGUGCGUUUCCCAUCCGCACACUUGUGUCAGGGCCAACAUGGUGUGUGAUGGCAUCUACGACUGUACGGAUCACUCGGACGAGUUUAACUGCAUCGCCGGGAAGGGAAGCGGAAAACCGGGAUCCAGCUCGGGAUCCGGGAGCUUUAAGCGCUGGAAAAGGAUUAAGAGGCAAGGCAGCCUGGUGAAAAGCAUCAAGGAUUGGAACCCGAGGAAGCGCAGCUUCGCGGCGAGCCCGCCCCCCUACAGACCCGCCUACCUGCCGCCGGUGGCCACCGCGCCCCCGCAAUUACCAGAAAGGAGCCACGACUACAGCCUGAAACUGGACCAGCAGUCAGCGAACCUUCGCGUGGGCGAGGCCACCGAAGUCGAGUGCUACUCCUCCGACGACACCUACACGGAUGUCAUCUGGGAGCGGGCCGAUGGAGCGCCACUGAGCGAGAAUGUCCGGCAAGUGGGCAACCGCCUGGUGAUCAAUGAUGUGGUCCCAACCGAUGCCGGCAACUAUUUGUGCAAGUGCAAGACGGACGAAGGAGAGCUGUACACCACCAGCUACGAACUCGAGGUCGAUGAUCAGCCCCAUGAGUUGAAGAGCUCCAAGAUAGUCUACUCCAAGGUGGGCGGGAAAGCCGAGUUGCAGUGUGGAGCCGAUGAAACUAGGCAGCCGACCUACCGGUGGUCCCGUCAAUACGGACAACUCCAAGCGGGAAGCAGUUCGCUCAGUGAGAAGCUUUCACUGGACAGCGUGCAGGCCAACGACGCCGGAACGUACAUUUGCACGGCCGUAUACAAUGACGGCGAGACGGCGGACUUCCCCAACAUUUUGGUUGUGACGGGGGCGAUUCCCCAGUUCCGCCAGGAACCACGCAGCUACAUGAGUUUCCCCACGCUGCCGAACUCCUCGUUCAAGUUCAACUUUGAGCUGACCUUCCGGCCGGAAAUUGGCGACGGACUGCUCCUCUUCAACGGACAAACCCGCGGAAGCGGUGACUACAUCGCAUUAUCGCUCAAGGAUCGCUAUGCGGAGUUCCGCUUCGACUUUGGCGGUAAGCCAUUGUUGGUGCGAGCGGAGGAGCCACUGACCCUCAACGAGUGGCACACGGUCCGAGUGAGCCGCUCCAGGAGGGAUGGAUACAUCCAGGUGGACGAACAGCAUCCGGUGGCCUUCCCCACCCUCCAGCAGUUGCCCCAACUGGACCUGAUUGAGGAUCUGUACAUCGGCGGAGUGCCAAACUGGGAGCUGCUGCCGGACGAGGCGGUUGGUCAGCAGUUGGGCUUCGUGGGCUGCAUCAGCCGCCUGACCUUGCAAGGUCGCACCGUGGAACUGAUCCGAGAGGCCAAAUUCAAGGAGGGCAUUUCCGAUUGCCGGCCCUGCGCCCAGGGACCUUGCCGCAAUGGGGGAGUCUGCCUGGAGAGCCAGACGGAGCAGGCCUACACCUGCAUUUGCCAGCCGGGAUGGACGGGCAGGAAUUGUGCCGUCCAGGGCACCCAGUGCACCGCCGGAGUGUGCGGCGCCGGACGCUGCGAGAAUACGGAGAACGACAUGGAGUGCCUUUGCCCGCUGAACCGAACCGGAGAUCGAUGCCAGUAUAUUGAGCAUUUGAGCGAGCACAGCCUCAAUUUCAAGCACAACAGCUUUGCGGCCUACGGAACUCCCAAGCUGACCAAGGUCAACAUAACGCUCUCCGUGCGUCCGUCGAGUUUGGAGGACUCCCUGAUCCUGUAUACGGCGGAGUCCAGUUUGCCCAGCGGCGACUAUUUGGCCCUGGUACUCCGGGGCGGCCACGUGGAGCUCAUGAUCAAUACGGCUGCCCGUUUGGAUCCCGUGGUGGUGCGCUCCGCGGAGCCACUGCCCCUGAACCGCUGGACAAGAAUCGAGAUUAGGCGUCGCCUGGGCGAAGGUAUCCUGCGGGUGGGCGAUGGACCAGAGCGCAAGGCCAAGGCCCCGGGAUCAGAUCGGAUUCUGUCCCUCAAGACGCCGCUCUUUGUGGGCGGUUACGAUCGGUCGACGGUCAAGAUCAAUCGGGAUGUGAACAUCACCAAGGGCUUCGACGGCUGCAUCUCCAGGCUCUACAACUCACAGAAGGCCGUUCAACUUUUGGCGGACAUCAAUGAUGCGGCGAAUAUCCAGAACUGUGGGGAGACAAAUGAGAUAAGUGGCGGCGACGAGGAUGGCGACAAUGAACCACCAGUUCCGCCCCCAUCCCCAGAUGUCCACGAGGACGAACUGCAGCCAUACGUGAUGGCUGCCUGUUCCAGCGAUCCCUGCGAGAACGGAGGAAGCUGCACUGAGCAGGAGGGCAUGGCCGUCUGCUCCUGUCCUCUGGGCUUCAGCGGCAAACACUGCCAGGAGCACAUCCAGCUGGGCUUCAACGCCUCGUUCCACGGCGAUGGCUACGUGGAGCUCAAUCGCAGCUACUUCAAUCCGGCCCUGGAGCAGACAUACACCUCCAUAGUCAUUGUCUUCUCCACCAGCCAUUCGAACGGCCUGCUCUUUUGGUGGGGCCAAGAGGCCGGGGAGGAGUACACCGGACAGGACUUCAUCGCCGCCGCCGUCGUUGAUGGCUACGUGGAGUACUCCAUGCGACUCGAUGGCGAGGAGGCGGUCAUCCGGAAUAGCGACCAGCGCGUGGACAAUGGAGAGCGACGCAUUGUGAUCACCAAGCGGGAUGACAACACCGCCAUUCUGGAAGUGGACCGCAUGCUGCACUCGGGUGAGACCCGACCCACCAGCAAGAAGGCGAUGAGGCUGCCGGGCAAUGUGUUCGUCGGUGGCGCUCCAGAUAUCGCCCAGUUCACGGGCAAUCGCUACAAGCACAACUUCAACGGCUGCAUCGUGGUCAUCGAAGGCGAAAAAGUUGGCCAAAUUAACCUUAGUUCAGUUGCCGUCAAUGGAGUGAAUGUCAACGUCUGUCCCGCUCACGACGAGCCCCUGGGAGGAACCGAACCGCCAGUCGUCUGAGGACACAACCAGCAACCGAAAUUAGCUUUUUAAUUAAACAUUAACAAAAGAAACAAAAAGAAAAACAAUUUUUAUAUAUACAACAUAUGAAUAAGCCCCAAGCAAAAAACACAAAAAAAUUGAAUGUUAUAUGGCGAAAAAAUAAUAUGAAAACAAAAAAAAGAGAGAAACGAUCACUUCUACUACGAUAGCUUCUUCGAUCCUUAAGUCUAGGUUAAAGAUUGUAGCAAGAAAAAAGCGAAUAUCACAAACAUUUAUUUAACAAAAGCGCCAUGCGAGAAGUGAAACGAAACAGAAACAAUAAUACAAAUAAUACAGAUAAAGCCUAGAACCCUAAGAACUAACUAACUAACUCGAGCAACAACAACGCAUACUAGCCAACUGCAACCACAACAACCACAAUAGUGACGGCAUUUUAAUUAUAAUUUUAGUUUCUAGCUUAUAACUAUGACUACGACUCUUUUUUUGUGACCCCAGUGUAAAAUGUUGAAAAUCGGAAAUUGGCCCUACACACACACACGUUAUUAAAUAAAUAUAAAUUUAUACCAUAUAAUGAUAAAUGAAAUACUAUAAAUGCAACUAUUGUGAACGACGAAAACCGUUAAGUGGAUAAAAAGCAAAAGCAGAAGAUAUAUUAAAAUGAAAUCAACAACAA